GUUACAUACAUGCCUUAUGAUUCCUUUCCAUUUUCCAUUGAAUGAGACUCUGAGAGCACAUGUUCAAAAAAUAAAUACGGGAAAGGCCAUUUCAACGCGCCAUUUCCAUGGCUGUCAGAGAAGGAAGGCUCUCCACGCGCGUCACUCGCCCGACCAAUUUGUUAACCAAUAAUUAGCUCCUCUGGCGUAAUGAGGACCCGAUCUCCUCGAGUCAAAAGAAAACACUACCUCGCUCUUCAGCCAUCUUCUUUCCAUUAAGCUAACUCUUACACACUAAAGAAAUCCGCUUCAGUCAGUAUCGUGACGUGUCCGUCUAAGAGCGAUUGAAAAGAGAAGCUCCCCCAGCUCAACAUCACCGUCCAUAAAUAAAAGGAUCGAAUUUUUAACACACUGCUCGGGAGGUUGAUCCCAGUUUCUGGCGUGUGCCAAUACAGUGGACUGACAGGAGCAUGGCCCAAAACACUGAGACGGACACGUUUUUGGAAAGCAACCAAAGCCCGAAAGUGAAAAUAGUGGAAAAUGGUAAUGGAGAUGCUGAGGACGGAGAGUCUCGGAAAUCCAGACUGGCAUGCACGUGGAAAUGUGGACUGAUCUCGGGUGGAAUCAUUCUGGUCCUAGUGGUAGCUGUUUUGGGAAUGGGCUAUUAUCGGUAUGUCAGCAAACUGACCGGCAAAGCCACUUCGGAAAACAGCGCUGAAUGGGAGGAGAAACUGAGUGGCAAUGCAAAUCUCGGGAAUGACUCCGACAUUACUGGAAUGUACGAGCUCGUGAGCUUUGACGACACCUACGAUAGCUAUCUUUUAGCUAUGGGAACGCCCUCGUUUGUGUUGUCCUUCGUAAAAAUGUCCUCCGAAGUUCUGACAAUUGUGGCACCGUCCAAUCUUGAAUCUGGGACAUGGAAAUAUCACCUGAAAACUGAUACGAGGCAAGACGACUGGGAUUUUCGAUUAAACGAGGAGUUCUCAAUACCCUGGGGAAGAAAUAAGGGUUUCUUGCAUCAAAUUUGCCACAUGAAUUCACCGAGUGAGCUCCAAUGCGACAAAGAAGAGCGGAAGCGGGGUUGGAAGAUCACUUCCAUCAGAUCAUUUUCCGACCAAGGCUUUAUUGAGUCACUUAACUUUACAUCCGCUCAAGUGGCUACCAAGAAGUAUUACGAAAAGACUUCGAAGGCUAAACUGAAAGCCAAAAAAGAGGAUAUUGCCAAGGACCCGGACGCGCCAUUUUCCAGCAAUACCGAUCAAGACGACGAUUUCUGGGAAGAUUCGUGGUGAUGAACAUCAAUGGACGUUUAUGAAAAGCCAAACACCAGCUGUCUCACACUAUGUCAAAAUAGAAUAUAGAUGUAACAUGGCUCCAUGUAAUUGGGCAUGGUCUCACUAAUGUAACUCAAUGAGGCGAUUGAAAUCACUCGAUUUUUUGC